GCAGGAGGUGCGCACAUUUCCUCUUGUAGUGUGUGUUGUGGCGUUACAGAUAUUUUUUGUAAGUUUUCACGGGCUUUAAUAGGCUGGACAUCAUUCAAAAUGAAUCUACCGGUGGUGGACUUCAGCGCAUUCAACCUGAAUGAAAACGAUGUUGUGGACGAUCAGCUUCACGUCUUGAGCAAAGAGUUGAAAACAGCCUUUACAGAAAUUGGGUUUGUUUAUCUGAAGAACACGGGGAUUACCCAAGAGGAGGUGGAUCAUGUCAUGACCAUGUCCAAGAACUUCUUCCUGCAGCCAGAGGAGCUGAAGCAGCCCUUCAGCAGGAAAAGCUAUGCUGUUAACCUCAAUCACGGCUGGGUGUCCUUAGAAACCGAGAGGUUGAAUCCACGUCGACCUGGAGACCUGAAGGAGGCAUUCAACAUAACUUCUCUUCGCACUGACAUCAAAUGGCCAUCAUCAGGUGCUGCAACAGGGUUCAAGGAGGCCCACAUUUCUUUUUUCCAGCACUGUAAAGAGCUGUCUCUGCGGGUGCUGAGGGUGAUGGCCCACAGUCUGGAUCUGGACCCAGAGGUGUUCCUCAGCACACAUCGUCUCAUAGGGAGUGAAGAGAAUGACACAACUCUGCGGUCCCUGUACUACCCACCAGUCAGCAGAGAGAAGGUGAAGGAGGGUCAACUGCGCUGUGGAGAACAUUCAGACUAUGGCAGCAUCACCCUGUUGUUCCAGAGCCACGAGGGAGGCCUGCAGGUCCUCAGUCGCUCAGGUGAAUAUAUCUCUGCUCCCAGCAUACCUGGAACAGUCCUGGUCAACAUCGCUGACUUAAUGCAGCGCUGGACCAGCGACCUGUUCGUCUCUUCAGUACACAGGGUAUUACUGCCCCCUGCUGGUGACUGCAUCACUCGCCAGUCUCUGGCUUUCUUUGUCCAUCCAGACACAGAUGCCCUGAUAACCUGCAUUGACGGCUCCAACAAAUACCCUCCAGUUAAAUCAGGCGACUAUCUCACUGAGCGAUUCAAUGAUUCUUAUGGACGAGAGUGAAUUUCCAUCCAUAAAUGCCACCCAUUUUACUCAGUAUUAUUUAAAUACCACUACUAUAGAUCAAACACCACUGUUUUAGAUCAGUUGUAUUUUAUGCUCUUAUUUAAAAAGCACACCUAGGUCUGCCACUACACAAGAAAGUCAUUGCUUAAUCAUUCAUUAGUCAUUCCAUAUGUACAGAACAUAUAGGAUCCAGAUCAUGAAUGUGUGAUUUUGUCAACAAGGAAAUCAAGCAGUGCUGCUAUCCUUAUAGGAACAAUUCACCAAAAAUAGAAAGAAAAAUAUGUGGUUGUCACUUUCUCUACAGCAUGAAGGCCUCAGGUGAAAUUCCUGUCCUUGAUCCUUUGAAUGCUGGACAAGCAUGUUUACACACACACAUUCAUGUGGAUUUCCUUUCCACAGUGCAAAUACAUGCAAGACAGGUGUGUCUGUUGAUGUAUUUGUACUAGCCCCUUCAUGUGCUAAUGAUCUGUCCAGGGUGAUUUCCUACCUUCUGCUCAAUGCAUGCUGGGAAAGGCUGUAGCCCUCUGCACCCCUGAAUGGCAACAAGCAGGUGAAGGCAAUAGAUAAAUGAUUUUAAUUUUUAACCUGUCAAAUAUAAAAUGGUCGUUAAACUUUAAGGAGUUGGGUUGGGUUUUUAACUGUUAAUCAGUAAUUCUUUUGCACUUGUCAUUUGGUACAUCAGUGAAAUACACCACUGAAAGAUGCAGUGGGCCAAUCAGGACCAAGAUGCAGAUUCCCUGAGGAGCAUGACUGUGCUCACCAAAUUUCAUGGCAAUUUGCCCACAUUUCAAGAUAUGUUACCUUGGAUUCAAGUAAAAUUGUUCUGUGUGCAUUCAAGUGCUGCAGGGGAACAUGAUUUGCAAGAUGCAGUCUUUGAUGAAUUUGACCGAUUUGGUAAACCAUACAGCUAUGGUUCCUUAUUGAUUUUUAAUUUUCAAAUCAACUUCAGUGAUGAAGGAAAGGUGUGAAUAAGAGGGAGGAGUGUAAAAAAAAAAUUUCUAACGUUGAGACAUCAGAAAAAUAAACUGAAGUUCGUGUGGAUGCUGGAAAUUCUUGAAAAUGACUGAAUUUUGA